UAUCAAUCGAUCUCUGAUCCUGAAUAGCGUCUGGUGUUGUGCAUAUCGGAGUAUCCAGUGAGGACUAUCAAGCAGUAAAUUUGGAAAACGAAAACAGUGAGAUCAUGGGACUGUUCGGGAGUAACGUGGUGGCCUUCAAGGGUCAGAAUUACGACCAGUUACGAAAGAGUGCCCAGAGCAGUGGGUCACUCUUCGAGGACCCGGAAUUCCCCGCCUCAGACGCGUCCCUCUUUCACAAGAGAACAUCGCCAGGGAGGAUUGAAUGGAAGCGACCUGGAGAAUUAACAGAAAAUCCCCAUCUUGUGGUUGAUGGUACCAAGAGCGGGGAUGUGUCUCAAGGUCAGCUUGGAAACUGCUGGUUUGUUGCUGCUACGGCCAACCUAGCACAGGAGAAGGAACUCUGGGAAAAGGUUGUUCCCAAUGCUAAAGAUCAAGACUGGGACGAAGAUAACAAGGAAAAGUAUGCUGGCAUCUUCCACUUCAGGUUCUGGCGUUUUGGCAAGUGGAACGAUGUGGUGAUCGACGACAGACUCCCCACACAUGGCAACAAACUCAUCUACACACAUUCCGAAGAGGGCAACGAGUUCUGGAGCGCUCUCCUUGAGAAGGCCUAUGCCAAGAUCUCUGGUUGCUAUGAGAACCUGGAUGGUGGUAACACGGCCGACGCCCUGGUGGACUUCACCGGGGGCGUGGCCGAGCAGAUCAACCUUGCCGACGCCGAUUUCCAAGCAGACGCGGAGAAGAAGAAGGAACUCCAUUCCCAGAUGAAGAAAUACAGCGAGAGAAGGUUCCUUAUGAGUGCAUCUAUCAAGGUUACCAAUGCUGAAGAAAUGGAAGCCAGGACUGACGUAGGACUGGUCAAAGGCCACGCCUAUGGUGUGACUGCAGUCAAGACGGUCAAGCUUGGAAGCUCUUCUUUCUUCAAGAAAGAGAAGGAGUACCUGGUGAGGCUAAGGAACCCAUGGGGAGAGAAAGAAUGGAAUGGUCCCUGGAGUGAUGGAUCUGCAGAAUGGCAAAAUGUUAGUGAAAGCCAGCGAAAGAGCUUAGGAAUCGUGAAUGACGAUGACGGAGAGUUCUGGAUGCCAUUUGAAAAGUUCAUCCAACACUUCACAACCCUGGUCAUCUGUAGGAUGCCCAACAAGGCAUACCUUAGCCUUCACCGCACCUGGCACGAGAGCAUGUACAUUAGCGAAUGGAAGUACAACUCUAAUGCGGUUCUGAACCGGGCAGGCGGGUGCAUCAACAACAAAGAAACAUUCCUCCAGAACCCACAGUUCUUAGUGUGUGUAGAUGAUGACAAGGAUGACAUCAUCAUUUCCCUCAGCCAACCAGACACCAGGGCGGAUCAGAGCGAGGAAGCAAAGACUAUCGGAUUCUUUGUUAUGGAGGUUGAAAGCAACAGGAAAUACCGUGCUCACCUUAUCAGGCCCAAAGCCUUCAUGUCAGCAUUCAUCAACUCAAGGAGUGUCUUCGCCAAGUCAACUCUUCUCAGAGGGCGCUAUAUCGUUGUGCCGACGACCUUUGAACCCAAGAUCGAGUCUCCCCUAAUGAUCAGGGUGUUCUCUGACAGUGGCGCUGAUGUCAAGGAGCUGAGGAAAGAUUACCCCGAACCUGGGACUUUUGACUGCUUCCAAGGGGGUAACAUCAGGGUCGUGUCACAGAUCAAUGUUCUAUCAGCAAGCAACCUUCCCAAGCAAGAUCACUUUGGUGGAGGAGCCGACCCCUACGUGUAUAUCAAGUGCGAAGGGAAGACGGCCAAGUCGAGAGUACAGAAGGAUACGCUGAACCCAGAAUGGAACUACAGUGCUAUCUUCUACAGGAGAAAACCAGCGCAGCCUAUUGUUGUAGAGAUUUGGAACCACAAUGUCGUGAAAGACCAGUUCAUGGGGCAAGCCAUCUUCAUGGCCCAGGCCAAGGGCCAAGCCGAGUCUAACGUCGCCGUCCUCAAGAAAAGGGGAAGAGACUCUGAGGAUGCCGCCGGAGGCCAGCUUAGUGUCGUCAUCACCACCACCGAAGACUUGAGGGCAUUGUAAGAGGACAGAGAAGAUCAGAUCCGUUUGACUGAAAUGGGGAUGAGGUUCUAGUGCUGCUGGUUGUGGUGCAGAAGACAUUUUGACAUGUUUACAUUUCACAUUACUUUGAAGAAGUGUGUCUUCUAUCCCCCUCUCUCUGUCUAGCUCUUUCUCAUUCUCUUUCUCUUUCUUUCUGUCUUUGAUCUGUUCCCCUUUUCUGCGUCAGUCUUCUUUUCCCUCUUUCUUUCAAUCUAUCUCUUGGAGUCAACUCUGUCUUUGUUAUACUCUUGUCAUUUCUCUCAUUCUUUUUAUGACCUAUCUAAUUUUUUUUUUUCUCUUACUCGUUCUUUCUCCUCUUUUUCUUGUAUUCUUCAGUUUGUAGGUGACAGUGUUUCUCUAUACCUUAUUGGCCCUCCAUCUUAACAUUAUUAGUGUCAAAUGGCCCUUGAUUAGCUCAUAUCAAUAGGGCGAUGGGAGUUGGCCAUCCAUCUUUUUUUGUUGAUAAAGGUAUCACAUGUCCUCAUUGCAAUACUUGCUCAUUGGCAUUGUCCUAGUUUCUCUCAUUUUCCACAAUUCUUUAUAUAAUUCCUUCUCUUAUCCUCUUUUCUCAGUUCCAAAAUAAGGGAGUUUAAAAAAAAAUUCUUGAUGGGGCCAAUUUUUCUUGAAUAUAGAUUGUGCUUGACGAUUCCUAUAUGUUAUGAAGAAUGGUUAAGAUGUUUUUUUAAUUAUUACUUUGAAGUCUGGAUAUGCAGAUCAUGAAAGCUGGUUUUGUUUUCUUCCAUAUGCGUUUCCAUUCAUUUACAUGGAGUGUAGUGAUAUAUUUUUAGUAUGUAAAUAGUAUCCAUGCCACAUCUUGAACUAUUUUUGAAUAUGUAGAUAUAUGCAAUGGCAAAAAGAAAAAAAGCAAGGUUUUAUAGUGGAAUCAUGAUUGCAAUUGAUAUCCAUGUAAAGAUGGUACAAGUUUGCCCACAGGUUUUUGUCCUUAUCUUAAAAGAUAUACGUGACCAACAAGAUUUCUUUAAAAUUCCAUUUUUCCAAAUAUUGAUUCUCUGUCUCUUUGGCAUUUUCUCUGUGGUAUUUGUCUGUGGCAUUCACCAUUAAUGUUGGGAAAACGUACAGAAUUCACUUGCUCUUUAGGGAUGAAAAUGCCUUGGUAGGUUAUUACUUAUGCCUCAGUCACAUCGGCUGAACUAUAUCCAAGCUAUUAAAGUUUUUGUGUUAUUUCAAAUAGCAUAUCAUUGAUUGGUUUGGAGUAAGUUUUUGCAAGUGUGGCUGCAGCAUUGACAGUUUCUGUCACAACUGUUCACACUUCUAAAUAGGACCAUGUUUGUUGUGACGUGAUCCAUGAAAGUGAUCUCUUGCCUAUAAGUGACUGGAUGGAAUUUAAAAGCUGUCAUAUUUUGACCAGCGAUAAAAAAACGUGAAACAAUUUAGAGCAUCAUUCAUGUGCAUUUACUUCCAUUUCUAUAUCUUCAGGGAUUUGUUACAGUGUAAAUGCAAUCGAUAAAUGUCUUUUUUGCUGGAAAUUAUCUUUUUUUUUAAUCUGAGAAAAUACAUUCAUCUCUUGACCAUAUAUACAGCAUUCCAUGUUUGCAGUGUACUUUAAUCAUGCCAAGAAUACUGAUUGAAAUCGAAAGUCACAGAUUUGUGGGUUUCUGGCGGGGGGGGGGGGGGGGGGGUGUAAUAUAAAUUGUUCAACAAAUUGGAAUGAAUAGAAAGCUAAUUGCGAAGGGUCUUAUGAUAAUAAAAUUGAGUAUUAAUGAUGAUAGUAAUGAUAAAAAUAAUGAAAUAAUGACAAUUUUUUUUAUUUCAAAUCAUGAAAAAAAUGGGAAGAAGGAUAUUAGUGUGCUUUAUACUUAAUAAGAACAUUAAAAAAUCAACUAAAUUGAUAAUAAAUCAGAGAGCAAGAGAAAAGGGCUUUUAAACUCGACCACACAUUUAAUGCAAUAGUUUGCUUCACUUGAAUAUAUAGAAUAUUCACUUUGCUAUAAGAUUAUAGUAUUUCUUAAAGGAUUUUUCUUUUGGGAGAUGCUUUGGAGAAUAAUUUUUAUUAGAUAUUGUAUAAAAUUUCAAUUUCUUUUUGACAUGGCAGUAGGUUUAGCAACUGCACAUUUUAUUGUAUUUGUACAUCUCUAUACUUUUACUUACUUGAUUCAUAUCUAUAUAUAUUUAGCAUUAUAUGCAUGUAGAAUAUUUGUAUCACUAGAUCCAUAUAUCUUUGUAUAUUUUAUAUGUAUUUUUGGUGAAGUUGAAAGGAGGGGAGGAAGAAUUAAAUAGAUAUUUUAUAGUUACAUGUAGGGUAAUGUUGUUGGAAUGUGAUAGAGUUUAUGUAUGCAAUUUUAAAGAUUUGACAAGCAACUACACAAGCUACAAGAUCGCUGAAUACUGACACAGAUCCUACAUAAUAGCAAAAAAGGAACAAAGGACAGUAUAAGAAGCAAUACUAUCAAAUUUAUCAACAUUUCAACAGAAGAUUGUCAGUUUGCAGGAAAAUCAAUACUUAUUUUCUUGUAAGUGCCUCUCAUUGACACAUAUUCUAUUUCUGGUAUUUAUGUUACAAAACCUGUGCUUUUGUGAAAAAAAGGCUUAAAUGAAGAUUAUAUUCAAUAGUUGUAUUAUUUGUUUUAACCAUAUGCAUUUGCACAUGUAUGCAUGUUAAAGGAGCCAUGUAUUUCCAAACAACGAAUUGGUGAGUCUAGGAUGUAAUUGAUAGCUAGAGGAAUGAAAUGUUAAU